AACCCUUGCCUUUCUUUUUGUGGUUGAACUACAUAUUUGUUCUAUCCUUCUUCUACAUUCUUUUCGCUACUUUUGAAAAGAGCGCUGGUGUCUUCGUGUGUAUCCAUACCACACCCACUUCGCUUUGACAGCCACCAAAAGUUGAUUGAAUUCGUACUAUCAACGCCAGCAACCCCUUCUUUCCUUCACCAUGCGCUCUUACAUCUUCAUUGCCCUCGCGGCCCUCUUCGCACUUGCUUGUGCAGUACCAAUCACACCAUCAGCACCUCGACUUCAAAAACGGGCUGAGCAAUACCGACUACAGGGGCUGGCAGAGUUUCAAAUUGCUGAGCGCCUUUCAUCUUCGGCGUCGUCAUUUGGCGUUGAUCCUUGGCGGGCCCGCCUCAACAAGAAGUUGCACGCACUUCUGGACGCUCCACCAACAGAUGAAGAGGGAAAGAUUACCUUCGAGGAGGAGGCGGAAGACUUCUCUGGCGAUAUUGCACCUGGUACUCUGGAAGCGCCCUCAGCUCUUCCCAAGGCCCUGAAGGAAGCCAGUAUGUAUGACAGGCUAUGUGCGAUGUUCCACCGCGCAGAAAGCAGUUUUGGGUAUGAGGGCAAGGAAUUGGAGCUGCGUCGACCGGAAGGAGUCCAAAACUGGAAGCAGUCUUUUGGAAGUUUCCGCCGUCACCAUUAGAAUCAAUUACUUGAUCAUUUCUACU